AUGUCAACCACCUACAAGCCUACCGCCAGCAAGGGGAAGCAGGCUGACCAGUGUUUCACCCCGCCGGGCCGCUAUGCCUCCCCUGGACUACCUGUUGGCUGGCCGACAUUCGUGAUUGAAACGGGUGUUUCAGAGUCUCUCCCGCCGCGAAAAAGCCCAGUGAAAACCAAAGUCGAGUUUGAGCUUUGGCAGUUAGCCCCACCAAAUUCACCCCGCCCUCUUACAAGACUCUAUAUCGACUCUCUACGCCAGCGACCUCUACCGCCCCUUGUUCAGCAGGGUGCAGGUACCCAACAGAUGUAUUCUCACCAUGAGGUCGAAGUCACCUCUAGUGGCGUUGCAGGUGCCCCUCGAGUUCACAAUGCCCCUAUGGUGCUUCCAUUCCCGGCUCUUUAUAACCGGCCAGGACUCGCGGAGGGUGACUUGGUGCUUAGCGACCAAGACUUCAAAGACAUUGUGGGCACCAUUUUGUAA